AGUUUGACAGCCCUGCCACUGAGAGAGCAUAAUGACGUGGUGAACUCUGUGUGAAAAAAGAACAAUAAAUUGCCGACAAAUCUGUAGUGUAAUUAAAUUAGUUACCGCAUAGGAUCGAGCUACAUUUGGGGCUUAAUAAUAACAGAAAUCGUAGUUCCGAAACCUUGGCAAGCGGGCUCUGGAAAACUAGAAAUCUCAACACACUGACAGUCGCAAGAGCCCUACAACAAGGAGGAAGAAGAAGAAGGAGGCGAAGGCGACGACGGGCGGUUGCAUAGAACAUGAGAAUUAGAGAAUAAUUAGCGAUUGGAGCGCACCAGUUGGCCUGUUUUGUGUUGUGUUAGCCCCUUUCCGGCUGCCCCUGCCCCCGAAGAGGAGAACACACAGCCCUCGGAAUCAAUACACGUGUGCAGCGGCAACGACAACGUCAAAGUCAACAUUAGAGGCCGGAAUCUCAUGAAAGACUAACCAUGAUGAACGAGGACAGCAGUGCUGCCAGUGGCGGCGGCGUUAAAAAGUUCUUUCAGCGCCUCUCACAGACCUACCAAUCCACCUUGGACCGGAGCACACCGCACACACGGAUGCGCUGGGUUUUCGCCGGAUUUCUGCUACUGCUUUUCGUUCUGCGCAUCUUCAUCUAUCAGGGCUGGUACAUUGUGUGCUAUGCCUUGGGCAUCUACCACCUGAACCUGUUCAUCGCCUUUCUGACGCCCAAAAUCGAUCCGGAGUUCGAUCCGUAUUCGCAGGACGACGAGGACGAGGGUCCCAAUCUGCCCACGCGCAGCAAUGAGGAAUUCCGACCGUUCAUACGCCGCCUGCCCGAGUUCAAGUUUUGGCUGUCGGUGGCGAAGAGCACGCUAAUCGGGCUCAUCUGCACCUUCUUCGAUUUCUUCAAUGUGCCAGUCUUCUGGCCAAUCCUGGUCAUGUACUUCCUCACGCUGUUCUGCAUCACGAUGAAGCGGCAGAUCAAGCAUAUGAUCAAGUACAAGUAUUUGCCGUUUACGCGCAACAAGCCGCGCUACCAGCGGGUCAACGAUAUGGCGGGACCUGGACCUGGCUCCGUGGCGGCGGGCCAUGCGAAGUGACAAUUAGCCGCACAGACGCCGGAUAUGCGGGCCACGGCAGCAGGAGCGGGAGCAGGCGAUCAUUUGACCGCCUCUUCUGCAGCUGCAGUGCCACCAUCAGCAACAGCAACAACUAGCGACAACGCGGCGACCAAGGAUGUAGGGUCGCCAACUGUGGGAGGAUCAACAGCAGCAUCGUCCAUCAAACCACCGCAGAUCAUUGCCAUUGAGGACUACUAGAGAAGGCUACCAAAAGAACCAGAAGCAUAACUUCAACCAUAAAUCAAGCUUAUAUUAUGAUUUCUUUCGGUUUGUGUAGCAUUUUUCUUUCCACUGUUGAGUUGUCGUACGGCGUCUUGUGCUAAUUAUUUUGUUUAACUUUGUUUAAUCUAAAUGCUUGUUUAAAUUUAUAUUUAUAUACAAUGCUUUCUAACUAUUGUAAAUCCCCCCAACGAUACCGAAACAGAUCAGCUCUAAUUUAAAUUUUCACCCUAAUCCUAACGAUAAUUUAAUGUUUUUGCUAUCCAAAAAGUAGAAUUAUUGUAUUCGAAAACAAAUAUUUUUUGAUUAUCAUGCUUAGAUGCUAUAACAAUGUAUGCCUAAAUAUAUAUACAAACAUAUAUAUUUUGCAUUAUGAUUAUACAAUUUUUGUUAGCGUUUACUAUAAAAAAGAAUGUUAAAAAGGCGGAUUGAAAACUGAAACUAUAGGGAGUAUACACUGGGUGCGUCUUAUGAAUAAAGAAAGACACAAGAAAACCAAA